GUACGGCCUGGAUUUGAUUGUUUCUUUCCUUAUCCAACCAUCCAUCCCUCCAUCCAAUGCAAUUCUUUUCUACUUCCUUCCAGUUCCACCUGCCAACGAGGACGGAAGGAUAAUCAGUCUCAUCACUGCGCCUUUCCCCGACUGAGCUGUAGCAGUUCAAGGCAGCGGCAAGUCGGCAACCACCCAGUACCCCUCGACAGCGAAUUCCGCCAUCGCCCUGCAAGCUUUACUCUUAAUUUCCUUCGUCUGGUGAGUAACCCGCUUAUUCGGUUAGAUAUAUGCUUUACGGAUUCUGCAUGGCCAUUUUGGGGGCGAUAGAGCUCUUGGGUUCGUAGGAGAAUUGGUUAUGCCGGAAAGUUUGGCUGAUGGGUCUGUUUCUUCCUUGUUAGCAAGUGGGUUGCUUGAGAGAAAAAAAAAUUCCGGCCUUGUGCUCAUUGUGAUUCUUCUCUCUUGCACCCGCACACAAUUGACAAGGUUACUUGAUUGUGGGGCUCAUCUUUCUCACUUUACAAGGUUCUCUGAAGAGCUCUUAUCCUUGAAUACUGUCAAUCGACAUCGUCAUAGGAGUCUCCAACAGUAUUCUAAUUAUCAUGAACUGCUAGCAGUACUAGUUCUGAUCUUUCUGUAUGAUGUUUUGGCUUCUAAAGGUAAGAAGAGCUCAUGAUCUUUGCUCUUUUAUGCUAAUAGGCCUUGCUGCCACUGCCGACCUUGCCAAUACAGUCAUGGAAAUGGCCUCUCUAUCAGUUUACAGAAGACUCCCGCUUAACAUCCCCAUUUCAUGUAUCAAGGGCCUCCAUCCCCUGAAGAACAGGAACCAUGCUAAUCUCUUCUCGUACUCUCUUGUUUCUCUCUCGAUUUCUUGCGUUUCGUCGUCGUCAUCAAUAAAGACACAAACUUUAGUAGCCUCUAGUUCACCUGUCCCUAGAACUAGCAACUGCUUCGUAAGAACUUCCCAAUGGGUCAACCACACUCCAAGAAUCACUGAAGAGAUAGUUAUAUCAAGUGAAGAGGAUGCUCCAGGGCCGGUACCUCAUGCUCCUCCUUCUUAUAGCCAUUACCCAUUUUUCUGUGAAUCUCUAAGGAACCUUGAGGACAGUGUAAGCAUGAGAAAGCUAAUAGCUUUAGCAUCUGCUUUCUCAUUUCAAUUGUCCGUACCUUCACAACCUGCAAAUGCUAGUGAAGGCAUCACCACACCAGCUGCACUUUAUGAGGUAGGAGCGUUAUUCGAGCUGGGAAUCCAGCUCUCGUAUCUCCUAUUGCUGCUGGCACUUCUUGGAGUUGGGACCUUCUUUGUGAUCCGCCAGGUUCUUGUGCGUAGAGAACUUGAUCUUUCUGCUAAGGAACUGCAGGAACAAGUAAGGAGCGGUGAUGCAGACGCCACAGAGCUAUUCGAACUUGGAGCCGUGAUGCUGAGGAGGAAGUUCUAUCCUGCUGCAACCAAAUAUCUGCUGCAGGCGAUUGACAAAUGGGAUGGCGACGAUCAGGACCUUGCGCAGGUGUACAACGCCCUUGGGGUGAGUUACAUCAGGGACGGGAAGACGGAUAAAGGCAUAGCUCAGCUGGAGAAGGCGGUGAAGAUCCAACCAGGGUAUGUCACUGCAUGGAACAACCUGGGAGACGCGUACGAGAAGAAGAAUGACCUGAAAGCUGCUCUCAAAGCGUUCGAGGAAGUGCUCCUCUUCGACCCCAAUAACAAGAUUGGCCGGCCCAGAAGAGAUUCGCUCAAGGAACGCGUCGAAAUGUACAAAGGGGUGCCUGUGAAAUACCUCAAGGAUAAAUCAUAGUUGAUUCCCUUCAGACUUCUCUGCUGCGGUUUUUGUCAUUGGGAAAUAGUUCAAUGGAAGGUUUAACUUACAGGCAAAAGUUGCAAGUGAUGUUUGUUUGUAGGCACGGUUGGAGAGGGGAGAGACUGGACAGGGGAAUUUGUGAACUGAAUGGAGAAUUACAUAGCAAACUUUCUUCAGAGCUUUUUAUGAGUUCUGAAAGGGUAAAAGCCCAUUGCAUUCAGAGCUUCCAAAUCAUCUGAGGUAUAUUGUUCAACAUUUGUAACAAUCUAUGUAUUAAUGAAUGUCUAUAUAUAUACACAGAUGAAUCUCAAUUCCAAACCCUUCAACAGCAACAACAAAAAGACUGUAAACAAGAACUCAUCAUUCAAAGGACAAACAAGAAAAAGACAUUUCCUCCUCCUACAAACUAAUCCCCAUUCAUCACACUUGUUCAUUUCAGCAUAAAGGUCCAAAUCACUCCCAAAAAAAAAAAAUCAAGUUAGGGAAAUCAUUCACAAGGUUGAAGCUGCAGGUGGUGGUGGUGUUGGCCAUGAGCUUGGGCAGCCAUGGCCAGCUCAAACUGCUUGAGGGAGAUGGAAGGGAAGGAGAUGAUCUCUGGAGGAGGUUUGAGGUUAUGAUCCCAACCGUCCUUCAUGGAACUGUUGUCCAUGGUCGUGUUGCCAUCCAGCCCUAUGUGCGUCACGUGCUUUACGUCGGUAGGGAAACCAAUCUCCAUCUCUAUUUCCUCAUCUUCUUCUUCUUCUUCUUCGUCUCUGUACACUGCUCGAAAACAAAUUUCAACAGCAAAA